AUGAACCUCACCACCUCUGACCAAAUCAAGGUUCUGCUCGCUGCGCCAGAUGAUGAAAUAUCAGUCAAAGCGACAUUAGAGCUCUUGGAUGGUCGGCUCAAAAUCAUUGAUGAUUUACGCGACUUGGAGGUCGUUUUGAACGAAGCUCAACAACACCACGACACUCUCGAGUCGAAACUUGCAAAUUCGCAAGUCAAUGUCGAUUCCACGAUAACUGGGACCAGGGCCUUGGCGGCAGCUCACUUGCAUACUGCACAGGAGCUCUCCCUCGUUCGACACUCACUUGCCGAUGAGUUAGCAGAUAUAACCGAAGAUCUUCUGCCUCAUUUCUCAGACGACGGCGAACGGACGUCAACUCUAUUAGAAGAUAUACAAUCGUUGCACCGAGACUUGGACGAGCUCAGUAACUUGAAAGAGUAUGUUUUGGUAAUAGAACGCGCUGUAAAGCUGAGCGACGCCUCGGCGCAACAGACGCGCGACUUACCGCUGACGCAGCCGAUCUCUAUUUCGUCCAUAUCUCAAUACCGUGCCUUACAUGACUUUGUUGAGCAAGUUGCAGAGCAAUGCUCAACAGCCGCUGAUUCUACUGGUACUAAGACGCUUCACCUCAUUUCAUUUCUACGGACUUUGCGCGACAGGACGUGGCAGAACAUAAAAGACAUUCUAGCGGAACGUCUUCUCUCGGCGGCGGAGACGCUACAGUGGCCUCGUCCUGUUGAGUACCAUGCAGCCUCCCUAGAGCACAGGCAGGCGUUUGAACACGCUUUCGUCAACCUUCUAAGACUACAGGACUUGGCUCGUAAGGUGGUCUCCCUGGACGGCUCUGUUCGCGAAGGUUUGUAUCCAAUUCAAUCCCUAGUCCGUCCAAUCUCUCUGCGCUUCAAAUACCAUUUCGAGGGUUCUCGGGACACCAAUAAACUUGACAAGCCGGAAUGGUACUUUACGCACGUCUUGAAUGUUGCACACGAACAUCGCUCGUUCAUGGAUACUAUCGUUCAAACCCUUUUGGCAUCCGAAAAGAUACAAGGUAUCAACGCAUGGGAUGAGUUCACCUCGUUAUUGCUCCCAAUUCUUACGAAGAAACUUCGCCGCACGGUACCCGUUCUACUGCCCCACCCUUCCCUCCUAGCCCACACUAUAUACCAAGCACUUGCGUUUGACGCUGCCUUGAGAGACGAAGGGUUCCAAAUAUCUUUGACCACGUCAGCGAAGCACGAGCUAGACGAAGAUAGGUGGGAAGGGAUUAGUGAAGUCAUCCUAGGUCAGAAGGAUUGGUUCGAAGCUUGGGUGGACGGGGAAAACAAAUUUACGGAGCAACAAUACAACGAAAUCAUAUCAUCUUCUGAUGCCUGGCAAAUUGCGGACGACGGCGAGGACGACAAGUCCCGUCAUUACGACUUGAAAACGACAAAUUCUGCACGGCAGUUAAAGGCCCUAGUCGAGCAAGUUACCGGUAUGAAUUGUUCCCUUCCACUCCUCAGAUUUCUAACCCAUCCCUUCGCAGAUCGGUAUUCGCCUCUGCCCGAUUUUGCCCAGCGAACGCGUUUCUUGAUUUCCGUUCAACUGCCUCUACUUGAGCAUUACCUCGGCCGGAUAGCUUCUUCUCUGGACGCUUUCGAAAGUUACUCGUCUGUGUUCUCCCGGGCAGUACCUGGUGCUCUGGGUGUGGCGUUGGGUACCGGCGACGGUGGCGUUAAGAUGGAUACAAAUAGCCUAACGAGCGGCGUUGAAGGCGCUCAGCGACUUUGCAAAGCACUUCUCAGUGCUAAAUAUAUUGAAUCCGCUAUGGAAGCUUGGGGCGAGGAGUUGUUCUUCCUGGAGUUAUGGACCGAGAUCAACCGUCGGGCUUCUCUCAGAGCCCGCGCAACCGAGAAUCCUAAUCUUCCUGACCCACAUGCAAAUGAAUGGGAGGCCCCGCAAGAUACGAUAUUUGAGGAGCUAGUUCUUCGAUACAAGAAGGUAGCCGACCGUGCCCAAGCCAUGAUUGUUCAGCAAGUCUGUGCAGAGAUCGAUCAUGGAUUGAAGGCCCAUUUUGUCGUGAUUACCUCACGGAACCCCGAGGAGCGAGCCGACGAAAUAGCUCUUUCUCAAACACUCCUAGGCCCCGUUGCAUUGUUGUCCUCGUAUCUGACAUAUUUGCGUUCGUUGCUUUCGGAGGCGAUGCUCACGACUAUAUAUCGGAAUAUAGCUACACACCUCGCAGAACACAUUCUGAGCCGAGGUAUACUCUACCGUGGCCGUUUCGACCUGAGCGCUGCAAAAGCUAUUUCGGCCGAAUGUGAACUCUGGGUAGAGACUUGUCAUGCCGGCGUACGAGGGACAAUGAGCCGCAGUCGCGUAGAGGCCCCAUGGCUUGGCUUGCUUCAAGCGGCUAGGAUAGUCAGCACGGAGGGUAGUGUCUGGGAGGAGUUAACAAACACGGUAUUCGAGGCGGGAGAUGCAUGGAGUGCGACAACGUCCAAAGUUGUCGGUGUAAACCAACUUGGGCGAGAGGAAGUUCAGCGAAUUCUGCGCUGCCGGCAGGAAUGUCCACAGUAG